AUGGCAGGCUCAAAGCAUCUUCUGCUCAGGACCCGCGAAGAGGAUGUCCGAAUAGUGCAGAACUUGACUGCAAUUCUGCUUAACGACGUGCUCGCAUACCCCACCUUCAAACACAAGCUGCGUUCAAACGUGAAACAAAGCCCAUCAUCAUUUCUCUCCUCUAUAUUCUUUUCCCGAACAUCAAACCCCUACACACGAGAUCCUUCCAAGCCAUUCGCCCGUGGCCGCAAUAGACGCUCUCGCACUUAUCCUCUUGCAGAAGUCCCACCCUCUCCCGAACCUGUCGAAGAAGCGCAGAACGCUGAUGCCGACGUCAAUCCUUCGCUUCUAAUGAGCGCGCAAGCACCGGUCGAGCCAGAGCACCCUGUUCGACCACCACUGCGCCCACACCCACUGGGGAUCUAUACCGACCCAGGUCUGAUCACUACUCAGCAGUCUAAUACCGUUCACCUUGGCCCUGUUUCCGAUGCUUUGCUUCCUCGUGCAGUCGUGCUUUCUGGCUUGGAAAAUGCGACGAUGCCUUGUCAGCGUGCUCUAUCCCUUGUGCUAUUCCAGAGAAAGAUCGUGCUUGAGGAUGACGAGGAGCUGGGUGCCAUGAACAGUCCGGAGUGGACGCUACCGGAUGAUUUCAUGUUUGUGCUGGUAUGCCCCUGGGAUCCCCGCGAGAGGCCUGGUGUUUAUAAGGGAAUACUCGACCAUUUCUCUCUUAGCGCCACAAUAGGUCUUGCAAGAGAGACGCGACAACACUACUCUUCCUACAUGUCAUCACUCCUUCCAGCCACUACCCCUCCCACAACCACGACUUCACCCAAACCCACGCUAGCUCUCCAGCCCUCAGCACCGACCCCCCUCCCCUCCCAACUCCUCCACCGCCUACGCGAACUCAGCACCCCCGAACACGUCCACAUCGACGGUGGCCUCCGACUGUACCUAACAGACCUCAUGUCCGCCAUCCGGCACCACCACGAGCUAGACGGAAUGCUCAUCGGUGCCCGCGCAAUGCGCGACGCCGAAGCGCUCAUACGCGCCCAUCGCGUACUCUGCGGCACGGACGGAGGAACGGGCCUCAUCGAGAAUAUGGUCGCGCUGGAGGUUCAAUCCGCCGAACAUACCAAAACGCGGGGCGGUGGUUUGGCGAGUAUGAUGGCCACUAUGACUACGACGACGAGCGAGGACGAGGGCGUGCCGGUCGAGAGCAGUGAGGUCCCUGGGUUCACGUCGACGAGCGACGAUGCGGCGUUUCCGGGCGUGAGGAGGAGGAAGGGCCCGGGGUUCGGCGAGGAGGAUAUCGACGAUAGUGGGUACGUGCUCGUCAGCUUGAAGUGGGAUAAUACGAAUGUCGUGGGAUCGGCACGGGGGGGAAACACCAACGGGCUCCUGCAUGCUACGACUACGAACGCAGCCGCUCACGGGUCGUCGUUCUCACUCAAUAAUUCUAGCACUUCGUCGCUCGCGCCGGGGUUUCAGCAUAGUCCGGGCGCGGGCGCGGGACGGCAGCGAAGAGGGAGGGGAGCGAGGGAGUGGUGGGAUGUGGAGGAUGAGAAGGCGAGGUGGGAUGUGAGCGAGGUGGAUGUGGCGAAGGUCGUGCCGAGGGUGGUGUCGCAUCGGUUGAGGGUGAGGAGUGGACCGGAGGACGAGGUAUUGAGUAGUGUGGUUUUUACGGCUGUUCCGCCGAUUGGGAGGGAGGGAGAACACAAUAAGGGGACGUGGAAGAGGAGGACGGUGAAGGAUAUUUUGGUGAAGCUACUCGGAGAGGUGUAA